UCUCUUUUCUAUCUCUCUCUUUUUUUUUUUCUUUUUUCUUUUUCUAUUCUUCUUCUUCCUUCUUCCUUUCUCCCAGGUAUCGUCACGAUUGCAGAAAACAAUCGGUAUACACUCUCCAUCAUAUACACCAUAUACACCAUACACACCAUGACUCUCACUCCACAUGAAGUCGCUGUUUCCCAGUUGGAAGCAGGACAGGCAGUCACCAUUGAGCGCAUAAGGUCGCUUCGAUUUAUCAAGAAUAACAUCAUUGGCAACAAGACGAAAAAGGAUCUUUAUAUUCAACUCGGUAUUGUUUCAAGGUUAAAGGACAUCGUUACUACUAGGGACGAAAAGGAUCCACAAUUAAAAACACAGGCAGUCAUCGUGCUAGGAAGUUUUGCCUUUGGCGAUGAAGCCAACAUCCUUGCUUUGACAAAUUCGGGCGUUAUCGGACCAUUACUUGAUUGUCUCAACCCCGCUGGAGACCCUAAACUGAUCGAAGCUGCUGCACGUACACUUAAUGCAAUCUAUGCCUCACCAAAAGUGUCGAGGCAGGAGCUAUUUAUGGGUAACCACUUGAACGUAUUAGUACAAUUACUUGAUACCUAUAGCACCAGUUAUAGAUCGAAUCAAGAGGUUAUUAUGCUUCAUACAGCAGAAUUGGUUGCUUCUAUAUUUGCAAGAUGCUGUGAGACGACUGAUCAGCAGAUACAGAUCGCUGCCAGUGGAGCCAUCCCUCUACUGAUGCGAUUGCUGGUCAGUGGUAUCUCCAAGAGUCAGGAGGCAGCUCUUGGUGCCCUCGCAGCGUUAGUCAAGGAUAACUCUGAAUUAGCUCAUCAUAUCGCUAAUAUGAGAUUGGAGACAGGCGAGCGACCUGCGCCAUACAUUCUCCGACUUGCUUGUGAUAAAUCGCCAACAAUGCGACUUGCAGCGGUCACUUGCUUAACAUAUAUGAACAGAGCAGGCGUAAUUCAAGAGCACAAUAGCGACAUCAUGUUAACUGUACUUCCUGUACUCGUCAAGAUGUUGCAAUUGGAUGGCAUUGUUCAAGAGACUGCACCAAAAGUACUAGCAUAUUUGGUCUGGGAGAGUGAAAGCAUGCAAAAAGCCGUAUGUGAUAUGGAGGCCAUCCCCAAGUUGGCAUCUAUUAUCAGUCACAUGGGCGAAGAGGAUAAUGUGUAUGGUAUCGUCGGCCAAAAGGACAAACUCAAAGAGAACUCACUGCUAGCGCUGGCGGCUAUUAGCCAGAUCAAAGAAUAUUGUAGACGGCAGGUUAUUGAGGCCAAGGUACUCCCGCAUAUUGUUACUGCCAUGUCACAUCCCUCUGUUGGUGUUCGUGCAGCAGCUUGCCAGUGCACUCGCAGUCUAUCAAGGAGUGUUGGUAGCCUGCGGACAAGUCUAGUUGAUGCCGGCAUUGAGGCUCCUUUGUUCCAGUUGUUAAGCGAUUCUGACCCUGGCGUCCUUAGUUCUGCAACAGCAACUCUAUGUAAUAUUGUUCUCGACGUUUCACCUAUGAAGAAGAGUCUGAUGGAACGCGGGGUAGUCGCAAAGUUUGUGCAGAUGAUUGGCUAUGGUGACAACAUUGUCCGCUUACACGCUGUAUGGGCCAUCAAAAAUCUAGUCUAUGAGGCUGAUUCGGAGGUAAAAGAGACAGUCAUGCGCCAACUUGGGUUUCACAGUCUAGCAGCAUUAUUGAAUGAUGCAGAGUUGGAUAUUCAGGAGCAAGCCUUGAAUCUUGUCAGAAACUUAGCUUGCAAGAGGAAUCAAGACAUUGAUCUGGUCUUUAAUGGCCUUGGACCUGGUCAGUUACUUAGUAUUAUCGAGGAUAAAUUAACUUGGGAUGACAUUCGGAUGCUCGAUCAUGCUCUCUAUGUCUUGGUCAACAUCGCUACAGGGACUGAGUAUCACAGGCAGAGUAUCAUGAAACGGUCAGGUAUUCUCCGAUCUGUGCUUGGAUUAAUGUCGCAUGAAGCUGCCUCCAUCCGUGUUGCUGCUAUUUGGGUUAUCAUCAAUUUGACAUGGUCGGAGGAGGAUGUGGCUCACGGAGUGCAUGAGCGAGUGGCCAUACUGAGGAGUAUGGGUGUGGAGGACCGAUUGCAUUCCCUGGUUACAGAUUCUGUACCAGAUGUCCGCGAACGUGUCAAGACUGCGCUUCAGCACUUUGUGCAGGACCACCAGCAGUACGGACAUAGCGGCAGUCCGAGUGUGCGACAUGUUGGUCAGGACGCGUACACAUCGAAUGAGGCGCUUGGGGACUCAAGGAUGGACACUAAUACUACUGUAUCCGGCACCGGCACCUCGAGUCAUAUCGCAUGAGCCGAACAGCCGGCGGAGGACCCUCAUUACCAAACAAACCAAUAACUGUAACGACCUUAACAAUAAUAUCAAGAAAA